AUGUUAUUAUUUGUAUUAAGCUUAUUUCUUAUAUUCUAUAACUGUUCUUGUUGUUUCACCGACAUCGAUGAAUCUUGUCAACAAGUAACAUAUAGAUUCGAAACUAACUCAUUAGAUACAGAACCUAAAAAAUGGAAGUGUGCUAAUAAUAAGAUAGUAAUUGAAGGAAUAACAGAUCAUGGACAAUAUCUUAUUACCUCAAAUUUUCAUGAUUUCGGUUGUAUGGAUGCUUAUGGAAUGAAAUGUUUUGAAAAAUAUCUAAAAAGAUGUGUUUCAUCAACAACACCUCAUGUUGUAGAUAUUUGUUAUAUCAAAAAUAAUAAUUAUAAAAGUGAUACUUAUCAACUUAUAUCAUCAGUGAAUCAAAAACCACCAAAAUCUAUGUUAGAAUUUGAAUCAAUGCUUGAUAAACUAAACGCUACUGGAGAAGUAACUGAGGUGAUUGAUAAUAAAAUGUUUGAAUUACAUUAUCCUCUUCAACAACAACUAGUUCUCGAUUAUUACAAAUAUGUAUUACAUGCAGAUACAAAUGUUUUAUCAUGUCUAAUGGGUGAACUAUUAAAGUCACCCUACUCAUUCUGGUCAAAACUUGUAAAACGUCAAAAAAAUGUUAAAGAUUUAUUUUCGUUUACAGUAUUGGUCAAAACAAUUGAUGAAUGUUAUGAAAUUUUCAAUAUAUUACAGAAAAAUUAUGUGUUUAAAAAGAUGAUUGACUAUAUUAAGAAUCCAGCAAGUAAUGGUUAUGAAUCUAUACACGCUACUCUUUUUGGAUCAUAUGUAAAUCAAUAUAUAGAAAUUCAAAUUAAGACGGAGGACAUGCAUCUAGCUCAAAUGCAAAAUCACGCUCAAUAUAAACAUGAGAAAUAUGGUGAUCGAAUAUACUAA